AGUCAAAAAGGAAGGUAGCUUUAAAAUUGUCCGAUCCGAUCUUGUUCUACUCGUCUCGUACGUACAGUCACUCUCCCUCUCAUCUCUCCUCUUCGUUUGUAGAUCGGAGCUCCAAGUAUGCCGCAGGGAACGCUGGAGGUUGUUCUUGUCAGCGCCAAAGGCCUUGAGAACACUGAUUUUCUAUGUAAUAUGGACCCUUAUGCAAUCCUGACCUGCCGGACUCAGGAGAAGAAAAGUAGUGUUGCAUCAGGUAAAGGUUCCAACCCUGAAUGGAAUGAGACCUUCCUGUUCAAUGUUUCUGAUGGUGUUUCCGAACUUAAAAUCAAAAUAAUGGACAGUGAUAAUAUCGGCAGUGAUGAUGUCGUAGGAGAAGCAGUAAUCCCCUUAGAGUCUGUGCUUAGUGAAGGAAGCAUUCCACAGCAGUCAUACAAUGUUGUCAAAGAAGAAAACUUUUGUGGAGAGAUCCGCGUUGCCCUCACUUUUAGGCCCGAGAUGAGCAGGGGAUAUGAACCGGAGGAGGAGAGCUAUGGCGGGUGGAAAGAAUCGUCCAGAGACUUCUAAUGAAAGUGAAAGCUUAGCUGGUUUAGUAGUACCUGAGUUUAGUUUGAUCAGUAAUAAAAAUGGUGUGAAAGAGUUUGAGUUUUUUGCUUCAAUUUCUCAUGGUUUGUUUACCAAAAUAAGAUGAAUAGCAGAAUAGAUAUGUGUACAUGUAUCCUCUGUUGUUGGGAUUUGUUUUUGAGUGUUCAAAGAUUGAAGUGAAUGCAUUAAUGUAGUGAAAUGAUGCUUUUUUUUUUUUUUU